GGGUAUUACACCAUGCACCCAUGAUUUGCGCUUGCGUGGAAACAUCCGAGAGGCUUACUAUCAUGGUCCCGUACCGCUGGCGAUCUUCGGAGUCGCCGACAUGUUCGCUAAUCACGUCAAGGACUGCAAGUGCUCCAGCAGCAAGAUCAACCACAUCGGUCUCGCUCUAGCCCCACAUAUCGCCUAGUUCAACAAUGUCUCGACUCCCGCCCAACAACGUUCCCUCCCUCACUUCCGUCGGACCCCCUCGCACCAAGCUUGGGGAGUACCGCCUCCUCUCUCCCUCUUGCGGGCUCCGCGUCUCCCCUCUCUGCCUGGGUGGGAUGUCACUAGGUUCUGCAUGGGAGGAGGUCCUCGGCGGAGGUAUCCCUAAGGACAAAGCCUUCGAGUUGCUGGAUAUCUACUGGAAGUCUGGGGGAAACUUUAUUGAUACGGCGAACGACUACCAGGAAGAGCAGAGUGAGCAGUGGAUUGGGCAAUGGAUGGAGAGCCGGAAUAACAGGGACGAGAUCGUAUUGGCGACCAAGUAUUCCGUCGGUUACCGCAAGGCCCGCUCAGACGCGGAGGUCUACGUCAACUUCACGGGCAACCAUAAGAAGUCCCUGCACGUCUCCCUCCGCGAUUCUCUCGCCAAACUACGCACGGAGUACGUCGACAUCCUGUAUGUCCACUGGUGGGACUACGGGAGUUCUGUGCCAGAGGUGAUGCGUGCCCUGGACGACGUGGUCCGGAGCGGGAAGGUCCUCUAUCUGGGGAUUAGCGAUACACCCGCUUGGGUUGUCUCCAAGGCUAACGAGUACGCAAGAGCUCACGGAUUGAAUCAAUUUGUUGUCUACCAAGGCGAAUGGUCCUGCUUGAAACGUGAUUUUGAGCGAGACAUCCUCCCCAUGUGCCAUGCAGAAGGGAUGGGCAUAGCGCCAUGGGGCGUCAUCGCCGGCGGCCGAUUCCGUACCCAAGCUCAGCUCACACAGCGACUCAAAGAGGACAACCUCCGAUUUGGGAAUAAACAGCUUACCGAGGGGGAACAGAAGAUGAGCGCGGCGCUCGAGAAGGUUGCUAAUGAGGUUGGGGGAGAGGCGAGCCUCGUCAACGUCGCUAUCAGCUAUUGCUUGCAUAAGCAGGCGUACGUGUUCCCUAUCAUUGGGGGAAAGAAAGUGGAACAUCUGAAGGAGAACAUCAAGGCGCUUGAUAUCAAGCUCACCCCGGAGCAGAUCGAGUUCCUCGACGCGGCAGUGCCAUUCGACAUUGGGUUCCCUAUGAACUUGAUGGGCGGCGAUCCGGCACUGUACAAGGACGGAAAGAGUCGUGUGCUCUUGAUGCCGAUGUGCGGGAGCGUGCAGUGGGUUAGGGCGGACCAACCUAUUGAUGCGUGA